UUAUUACUCGAUGAAACUUCAACACACAACUUCUCUCUCCAUGCACAUAACCAACUAGGCCACUACUUCCACCCUUUACAAUCAUUUCUCCCACUUCUUUCACAUUGAAAUACUUUCUAUUACACAAAGAAGUAGUGAGAGAUAAACAAGUUGAAAGAUGAAGACAUCUUUCAAAUUCUCUGCCUUCUUGAUCUUCCAAAUAUUUAUUAGUUCCCAAAUUCUCAAAGUAAAUUCUCAAGGCAGCAGUACAGAUUCGUGCAGUUCCAGUCUCAACCUCAAAAACAAAAUUCUGUUCGAUACAACUUCUUUCCAUUGUCUUUCAGUAUGGGAUCAACAAGGCUACAUCCUCAGAUAUAUGAGAACAGAUACAAAUGUGUGGAGCUUUGUUCUCUCAGCACCAAACACAAAUGCAUACAUAGCCAUGGGAUUUUCUAAAAACGGCAAAAUGGUUGGCUCCACUGCUAUUGUUGGCUGGGUCACUAAUGACGGAACUGCCACUAUGAAGAAGUAUUUUCUUGGCGGACAAUCGCCCAACGAGGUAUUGCCGGAUGAGGGAAAUCUCCAACUUGUCAACUUUACAUCCUCCGUUGUAGCUAAGAACUCCAGAAUUUAUUUGGCUUUUCAGUUGAAUACUGAAAUGCCAAGCAAUCGGCUCAUCUACUCCGUUGGACCGACCGGAAUGCUGCCGUCCACCGCUGAUUUCCAGUUGUCGGAACACGAGGAUCAUACCUCUACUUCCUUGAAUUAUAACACAGGUCAAAGUGAAACAAAGACACUUUAUGCAAAUCUGAGGAGAAGCCAUGGGCUUUUAAACAUGUUUGGAUGGGCAAUUUUCAUGCUCAUUGGAGUCAUGGUAGCUAGAUACUUGAGGCAAUAUGAUCCAAUCUGGUUUUACUCUCACACAACCAUUCAAUCACUAGGGUUCAUCCUCGGAUUUGCGGGUAUUAUCAGUGGGCUCGUUCUCAAUGCUCGUCUUCAGAACAACGUCAAUAGACACAAAGGCCUCGGCAUCUUCAUUCUUGUUCUUGGUUGCUUGCAGGUUAUUGCAAUAUUGGUCAGACCAGAGAAGGAAUCAAAAAUAAGAAAAUAUUGGAAUUGGUACCAUUACAUCACAGGGAGACUCUUGAUAUUUUUGGCAACAAUAAAUGUUUUCUAUGGUAUCCAUUUAGGGAAUGCAGGAAGUUCUUGGAAGGGUGGUUUUGCUUUUGUGCUGGUUAUAUUUCUCAUCACUGCUGCAGUGCUUGAGAUCAGGAUGUGGAAGAGAAAAUAGAAAUCAUUUUUGUUAUGUUCAUUCAUGUAAUAUUUUGUUUAUCUUUCUUGUUUGUGAAGGUUUUCCUUUGUAUUUUCUCUAUACACAUUACAAAAACUAACAGCCAAUUCUUUCCAGAAUUUAAGAUUUAUUCAAUACAGUAUUUACAA